CAUGCGGAGGGAUAGCUACCAACCCUUCUUGUUUCUGGAUUGGACAGAUUUUGCUCAUUCUAUGUGCUCCAAACCGCUGUUGAUCGGUUGGUCGUUGUCGAUCCUGCGGCCCGCUCGUGGCUGCAAUUCCUUCUCUGAAUCCACAGCUCGCACUGUAACGGUGCACUGGACUCUGUCUGAUUGCUAUUGUGCUAUUCUGUUUGUGGGUUUGAUCUUUUAGCCAAGUCUCGUGUGGGUACGCUAAUUGGGGGCUACUCAAUCGAAGAUGAGGCAUUAGUGUGGAGUUUUUGGAUCCCCGCGGUUUUCGUGAAGGGCAGGUUUCAGUAGGCUUGAGCAUUGGCAGCUGUUUUGUGCAAGGUGGGGAGUUGGGGUUGUGGCCAUAGCCAUGGUGACGAUGCGGGUGGGUCAGGUGGUCGCGCCUUCCUUCGUGGAGGGGGUUGCGUCAAAGGGCGUGAGUUUGCGCAGAGUGCGAAUCGGCAGGUCCAGUGUGUGGGGUUCCUCGAAGGGGUUGUGCGCCGUGAAGCUGGCGGGGAUGAAGGUUGUCAACUCUGGGGCUCCCAGGGCUGACAUGUCUGAUCGUGAGAUGCCCCCUAGCCACAGGAUUAAGGCUGCUAGUCUAUCAGCUUUUCAGGAGUUCCAGAACGCCCGCGCUAAUCGGUAUACGAAAGUGAAGAGCAGUGUCAUGGUAUUGGGUUUAAGUAUUCACACUACUCCUGUGGAGAUGCGUGAGAAGCUUGCUAUACCCGAAGCUGAAUGGCCUCGUGCCAUCGACGAACUCUCAAGUCAGAAUCAUAUUGAGGAAGCUGGUGUUCUCAGCACAUGCAAUCGGUUUGAGAUAUAUGUGGUUGCUGUCUCAUGGAAUAGAGGAGUUAAGGAGGUCACCGAGUGGAUGUCGAAGACUAGUGGUAUCUCUGUUGAGGAUCUAAUGGAACACAUAUUUAUUUUGCGGGAUCAAGAUGCUACUCAGCAUUUGUUCAGAGUCUCUUCAGGUCUAGACUCUUUGGUUCUUGGAGAAGGUCAGAUUCUUGCGCAGGUUAAACAGGUUCUUAAGGUUGGGCAAGAAGUUUCUGGUUUUGGUCGUAAUCUUACAGGUUUGUUCAAGCAGGCAAUUACUGCAGGAAAACGAGUAAGAACAGAGACUAAUAUAUCUGCCGGGGCCGUCUCGGUCAGCUCAGCUGCAGUGGAGCUAGCCGUCAUGAAGCUCCCGGAAGGGGGUGUGUCACGAGUGAACGUGUUGAUUGUAGGAGCUGGGAAGAUGUCAAAGUUAUUGGUGAAGCAUUUGAUUUCGAAAGGAUGUACGCGUAUGACCAUCGUCAAUAGGUCAGAGCAAAGAGUUCUGGAUUUGCAAACUGAGUUUCCAGAUGCAAACAUUAUAUACGAGCCUCUCACUGAAAUGCUGCGGUGUACUGGAGAAUCUGACCUCGUCUUCACUAGUACCUCAUCCGAGAUUCCUCUAUUUACGAAAGAGAAUGUGGAGCCUUUGACCCCUGCAUCUCAGACUAGCGGCGGUGUGAGGCAUUUCAUUGAUAUCUCAGUGCCAAGGAACGUCGCCGCUUGCCUCUCCGACCUGUCCUCCACUCGUGUAUACAAUGUAGACGACUUGAAGGAAGUGGUGGCUGCUAACAAGGAAGAUAGGCGACGAAAGGCUGCUGAUGCUCAAGUGAUUAUUGACGCCGAAAUUCAGAACUUCGAGGCGUGGAGGGAUUCUUUGGAAACAGUGCCCACAAUUAAGAAGUUGCGGUCAUACGCUGAGCGUGUCAGGCAGGCAGAGCUAGAGAAAGCGCUGAGCAAAAUGCCAGAGGAUUUGACGACAAAGCAGAAACGGGCUUUGGAGGAUCUAAGCAGGGGUAUUGUGAACAAGUUGUUGCAUGGUCCAAUGCAGCACUUGAGAUCAGAUGGGACGGAUUCGAAGACGGUUAGCGAGACUAUCGAGAACAUGCAUGCACUGGAAAGGAUGUUUGAUCUUGGUUCGGAAGUCUUGGUUGUGGAAACCAAAGCGAAGGGGAAGAAGUAAUUCAACUGUUAGAGCUUCGUUUUCACUGUUUUGUACACUAGGAGAGAAUCAUCACUAAUAUUGAAAAACUACUGAAUGGUCGAAAUGUCAAAUCGAUGAAAGUUCCGUUUGGGGACAUGAGACUCUGGUUGUUUGGAUACAGGUGCAGCAUGCCAUGUGUCCAUGGAAUCUUAGAAGAGCUGUUGCUGGUCUUUCCUGGACUCUUGGUUAUGAAAGGCACAAUCACAUCUUUGUAUUAAUACUCUCGGCAUUGAGGGGUUUCCCUUCGUAUCAUUCAAUUCAAUUUAAUGCACAUUGAGCUUUCCUCUGAAUAAGCUUGAUGCUUGUUAGCUCUUCACUA